CUGCGCUUUGUAAAUAGUCCAGCAGUCUUCUGGGACCUGUCACAUGUCCGCAGUGUUUGGUCUUCUCCUGUACUAUGUCUGCAGUCUCUGGUCAUCUCCUGUACUAUGUCCGCAGUCUCUGGUGAUCUCCUGUACUAUGUCCGCAGUCUCCGGUCAUCUCUUGUAGUAUGUCCGCAGUCUCUGGUCAUCCCCUGUACUAUGUCUGCAGUCUCUGGUCAUCCCCUGUACUAUGUCUGCAGUCUCUGGUCAUCCCUGUACUGUGUCCGCAGUCUCUGGUCAUCUCCUGUACUGUGUCCGCAGUCUCUGGUCAUCUCCUGUACUAUGUCCGUAGUCUCUGGUCAUCUCCUGUACUGUGUCCGCAGUCUCUGGUGAUCUCCUGUACUGUGUCCGCAGUCUCUGGUCAUCUCCUGUACUAUGUCUGCAGUCUCUGGUCAUCUCCUGUACUGUGCCCGCAGUCUCUGGUCAUCUCCU